UCUCCUUUAAAAACAACAACACAGAUGUAUAACACUAUUUAGAUGAGGGAUUUCCGAAUGCUGAACGAUUAGCGGGAAAUCUUAUUCCCCACUCACUGCAAAAAAAUAAUAAUUAAAAGAAUGGAGGCUGGCUACUGAUCAUAAAUUUCCCUAUCCAAAACAUCUUUCAAAAGACGCUUGCCAUUGAAUGUCUGUUUCCUUCACCUGCUGGGGAAAGGACCCAAGGGAGAAAAAGAAACAGAGAAUCCCCGUGUGCACCUGAAGUUCUGGAAAAGAAAGCAGGCUCAGCUGUGGAACACGCUUGGCGUGAAGCCCAAGUUGGAGAUGAUCUGUUUCAGGAGAAAAGCCUAUCUGGUGUCUGCCAUGUGUCUAGGAGCUUUUGCCGGCAUGCUGAUGCUUUCCUACCGCAGGACACAGAAAGAUUCUUUCCUGCCCAAAACUGUCAUGCACAAGAGCAAAGGCUUCUGCACAGGACAGAUUGUCAAUAAUUCAAUCUCAACUCUGAGUGACAACAAAACCUUUGUUCUUGCCCCAUAUUUUGAUAACAGGGUGAAGAAACUCAUCCGGACGAUUGGGAUUGUGCCCCAUAAGGAAGUCAAGAAAGUUUACUGCUUGUUCUGUUGCCCAACUGGAGAUGACAUAUACAUUUCCAAGGCUGUGAUAGACAUUCACAAAGAUCGAUUUGGAUUCCCCUACGCAGCAGCAGACUUGCUUUGUAUGGAACCCACAGAUUGUGACCCACAGUAUGUGUCUUUCAGCUGGUUUCCUCAAGGAAACACCGGCCUGCUACCUCGCUUUGAAAUACAGAAUCGGAAGAUUGCAGACUCUCUUAUGGAUUUCACCAUGUGUAUCUCCACCAUGUUCGGAGACUACAACAACGUCUUGCAAUUCAUACAGAGCAUGGAAAUGUAUAAACUUCUAGGGGUGCAGAGGGUGGUCAUCUACAAAAACAGUUGUAGCCAACUGAUGGAGAAAGUUCUGGAGUUUUAUAUGGCAGAAGGGACUGUUGAGAUAGUCCCCUGGCCGAUCACAGCCUACCUCAGUGUUUCUACUGAAUGGUUUUACAGUCAUGACGGGACUCAAAUAGGUUACUACGGACAAAUCGCAGCCUUGAAUGACUGCAUCUACCGGAAUAUGUACAGAAGCAGGUACGUCUUGCUUAAUGACAUUGAUGAAAUCAUUCUACCCAAUCAGCAUCCAGACUGGAAAACCAUGAUGGAGGAUCUUCAGGAUCAGAAUCCAGAGAUUGGUGUUUUCCUGUUUGAGAAUCAUAUUUUUCCUAACACUGUCUUUACCUCUACUGGCAUUCCAUCAUGGGACACAGUACCUGGAGUCAACAUACUGCAGCAUGUGUUACGAGAACCAGACAGAAAAGAAGUAAUCAACCCACAGAAAAUGAUCGUCAACCCAAGGAAAGUGGUUCAGACGUCUGUACACUCCGUCCUCCAGGCCUUCGGAGAAAGUCUGGACGUUCCAAUGGAUGUCGCUAUCACUUACCACUGCCGGACCCCCUUCCAACCAGACUUACCCAGGGAAUCCCUGAUUAGGGACACAACACUCUGGCGAUAUAGCUCAUCACUGAUCAGCAGAGUGAACCAGGUACUACAAAACAUACCCUCAUUAAAAGGAAAGCGAUAGGCAGAUCUUGAAGUGUUGAUGAAUCAGAGAUGACUAUGGUAACAUCUGGGGAUGAACUCAUUCUUUCUUAAGACAGCCCAUCCAAAGACUGACUGAAAGGGGUUCAGGGGCUGGAUUUAAUGAUGACAUGAAUUUAUAGUGAGGUGCCAAGAAGUAAAUAUGCAUCUGAAGAAGUGAAGUCUGGGUCAUGGAGGCUUAUGAAUAAACUUCACUAGCCUUGAAGGUGCUACUGGACUUCCAUUUAAUUUUGCUGCAAUAGACUGACAUGGCUACCCCUCUGUAAUUACAUUGCCAUGCUCACUGUAUCAGUAAUAGCUAGGAAUGGAACUUCCCAGUGCAGGGGCAGUAUACCUCUGAAUACCAGCUGCUAAGGAGAAUUGUUACUUUUGCAUUGUUUAAUAUUAUAAAAACACAGUAUGUCUAAAGAUAUAGAAAAUGUCUUCUU